CAAAUUUCACACACAUGAAUGUACUCGAUGUAGAAAAAUCCAACCUGGCCAAAACGUCCUUUGCUUAGACCACCAGAUUCCAAUAGAUACUUUCCUUUCCACUUCGUCCUCAUUCCUCAACCGUCAAAAAACGCCAACUUGAUUACCGCGAAAUUAAAUAAAUAAAUAAAUAAAUAAAAAUACGUAAUAGAUUUGGGGGAAAAUUUUCCCAGAAAAAUCCCCAAAAAAUAAGAACGCCAUUCCUAGGGUUUCUAAUUUGGGUGAUAGUGAAGGAGCAAGGAAGGGGGAAAAAAAAUGCACAGAACCAAUGUAUACGAUCAUUGCUCAAGCUCCUGAUUUGAGGGCUCUUAAUCUGAAUCAUCACCGCCGUCUUCCUCCUCCUCCUCCUCGGAUUAAUCUCAUGCUCAGCUCCGCCUCGUUAAAUUGCGCCCGCCUUCAAAGACCUUUGCCCUUCCUUUCAACUCCUCGGAAUUCAAGGGUUCCGAAAUUAAGUCUAGAAAUCAAAUCCUUAGCUCCACUCACUCAUAGCUUACGAGUUUCCGGCCAUCAUUGCCGACCCGUUAAGAAAUGGAAAAUCUCUUGCUUCAGAAAUGAUGAUUCGGCUGGGACAAAUCCAGAGUCCAUCGAGGACGGGAUGCUACGGGAAGAAUUGCAAAAAUCGGAAUGUGAAAACCCAAAUGCUGCGGGAAAAAAUUGGACUUCAAAUCUCAAAGUGUUUACAGAUGCUGUGCUGGGAGUCUUUGGAAAGCCUUGGGCUGUUCCUUGGACGGCAGAUACCAUCGUACAGGUUACACUCCUUUGGGUUGUCUCAUUCUGGUUCGUAGGCAAUUGGAUGAUUCCAUUUGCAGCUCACAUGGUGGGAUUCAACAAGGAAUCAUUGACUUAUAGAGGACAAGCUCUGUUCAGUCUUUUAACUGAUGUUGCCGAAGGACUAGCUGGAAUCUUAAUUCUUCACCGAUGUCUGUCUAGAUUUCGUCCCCUUCCAAAGGAUUGGUUCAAAUUUAGCCUAAAAGGCAAGUGGUUAUUUGACGUAGUCAUCGGAUGCCUUAUGUUUCCGUUGGUCAAUAGGCUAUCCCAAUUAAACCUCGAUCUGCUACCUAUUUUACCUUCGACGCCCGUAACUCUUUCGAGCGUUGAGCAUUCAAUCAUGGCAAGGGAUCCAGUAGCAAUGGGGUUAUACGCUUUAGUACUCGUAGUGUGUGCUCCCUUGUGGGAAGAAAUAGUGUUCCGGGGUUUUCUUCUACCUUCCCUGAGUAAGUAUAUGCCUGUUUGGUGUGCUGUUUUAAUGAGUUCGGUGGCUUUUGCUUUAGCACAUUUUAAUGUACAGAGAAUGAUUCCUCUAAUUUUUCUUGGGGUAGUGAUGGGUGUAAUUUAUGCACGUUCUAGGAAUCUGCUACCAUCAAUUCUCCUGCAUAGUUUGUGGAAUGGUUUUGUAUUCUUAGAUUUGAUGAAAUAAAAGAUCAUUAUGUUCUAAAUUUCAGCUUAAACUAUAUCUUUCUUUUUAUUUGAUCAAACACAAGAGACUAGGAGAUGGGUGCCCAACUGUAUUUGAAUUUGAGGG